UCCUCUCUCUCUCUCACGUCAAUUGCCAUCUCUCUCUCUCUCUCUAUCUCUUGCUUUCUCUCUCAAGACUCUUUCUUUCUUUCCUUCUUUUUAUUUCUCAAAAACGCACACGGAUUAUACUUUCUUUCCAUAUUCUCUCUUUGUCUGCGGUUAGAAUUGGAAGCUCUGAGAGCUCCUGAUUAAAUCUUGGCUUUUGAUACAAAUUCUAGUUGUUCCCACUGUAAUGGGCCUUCCCGCCGGGAUUCUCAUCGCCGGAGCCAUUCUGAUGUCGGCGGCCGUGGUUCUGUGCAGUUUUCCGGCCACCCUCACCCUCGAGAGAGCUUUUCCUUCGAACCACCGAGUGGACCUGAGCCAACUCAGAGCCCGGGACAGAGUCCGGCAUGGGAGGAGGCUUCAGUCCUCCAAUGGCGUCGCUGAUUUCCCUGUUGAGGGAACUUACAACCCCUUCCGCGUUGGGCUUUAUUAUACAAAGCUGCAAUUGGGAUCUCCUCCAAGAGAUUAUUAUGUGCAGAUUGAUACCGGAAGUGAUGUUUUGUGGGUCAGUUGCGGUUCCUGCAACGGUUGCCCUGAAACAAGUGGGCUCCCGAUUCAGCUCAAUUUGUUUGAUCCUCGAAGUUCAUCAACGUCACAAUUCAUUUCUUGCUCAGAUCGAAGGUGCAGUCUUGGAUCUCAAUCGGAUUCUGUUUGUUCCACACAGAAUAACCAGUGUUCGUACACCUUCCAGUAUGGAGACGGCAGUGGGACAUCAGGCUAUUACGUAUCAGACUUGUUGCACCUUGAGACGAUUCUUGAGGGUUCUAUGACCCAAAAUUCUUCAGCUAAUGUUGUCUUUGGGUGUAGCACCUUGCAGACUGGAGACUUGACAAAGUCAGACCGAGCUGUUGAUGGGAUCUUUGGGUUUGGCCAACAGGGUAUGUCUGUCAUCUCUCAGUUGUCUUCACAAGGAGUAGCACCAAGUGUCUUCUCCCACUGCUUGAGGGGAGACGAUACUGGUGGAGGUAUAUUGGUUAUCGGCGAGAUUCUGGAACCAAAUAUAGUCUAUAGCCCGCUUGUCCCCUCACAGCCUCAUUAUAAUUUGAAUCUGCAGAGCAUUUCUGUCAACGGGCAGAUAUUACCCAUUGAUUCCGCAGUGUUUGCAACAUCAAGCAACCGAGGAACUAUAGUCGAUUCUGGUACAACUUUGGCAUACCUCGCAGCUGAAGCGUAUGGCCCUUUUAUCACUGCUAUAACAGCUUCUGUUUCACAAUCUGUGAGCCCUGUUGUUUCCAAUGGCAAUCAAUGUUAUUUGGUCACCUCAAGUGUCAGUGAUAUAUUUCCUCAAGUUAGUUUUAACUUUGCUGGUGGCGCAUCCAUGAUUUUGAGACCUCAGGACUACCUCAUACAGCAGACUUCUGCCAGUGGUGCUGCAAGGUGGUGCAUUGGUCUUCAAAAAAUUCAAGGUUCAGGGAUAACGAUUUUAGGAGACCUUGUGCUAAAAGACAAGAUUGUUGUCUAUGAUUUGGGUGGUCAACGAAUUGGAUGGACUAACUAUGACUGUUCAACGUCAGUUAAUGUUUCUGCAACGGGUAGAACUGGAAAAAGUGAAUAUGUCAAUGCAGGACAGCUAAGUGACAGCACUUCUUUGCAUAAUGAUCACUACGAGCUGAUACCAGCAUGCAUGUUGGCUUUCGUUUUGUUUAUCAUAACUGUACAAGGAAACUUGUUUUUAUAGCAUACGCUUCCAAUAUCUGGGGUUAUCAUAUCAUUCUUUUUUCCACUGUAUAUCUCUAAUCUUGCUGGUUUAUAUUCAUAGGUUUGUGUUUCUUCUGAGAUUGUUUUCAUCAAACAUGUAGAAUUACACGUUACCCUGUCGAUAGGUUGUAAAAUACAUUUACGUGUAAUUGGUUCAAUGGGAUAGUAGUUUAUACGAAACUUCCUUCAUGUCA